UUACCCCUUUGUGACGGCCACCUUCUCCACCUCUGUGCCUUGUCCACCUCCCCUGCUAAAGGAGAUAAGAAGCUGCUGCUUCAAGUCAAUGAUUUGAGAGCUAAGAUUGUCGAAUCCGACGUAGAAAUUCUUCAUGGGGUCAACCUCACCAUCAACGAAGGAGAGGUUCAUGCGAUCAUGGGAAAGAACGGUUCUGGAAAGAGCACUUUUGCAAAGGUUCUUGUUGGCCAUCCAGAUUAUGAAGUCAUUGGAGGCAGUGUUCUGUUCAAAGGGGGAAAUCUGCUUGACAUGGAACCUGAGGAAAGGGCACUUGCUGGCCUUUUUAUGAGCUUCCAGUCCCCUGUUGAGAUUCCUGGUGUUUCUAAUUACGAUUUUCUGGUUAUGGCUUAUAAUGCUCGACAAAGAAAACUUGGCCAGCUUGAACUUGGUCCACUUGAGUUCUUGCCUUACCUAAUGGAGAAAGUCAAUCUUGUAAAAAUGAAGGAAGACUUUUUGGAUAGAAAUGUAAAUGAAGGAUUUAGUGGUGGUGAACGGAAGCGCAAUGAAAUUUUUGCAGCUUGCGGUUUUGGGGGCAGACUUGGCUAUUUUGGAUGAAAUAGAUUCUGGAUUGGAUGUUGAUGCACUGAGAGACGUAGCAAAUGCGGUGAAUCAGAUUCUGACCUCAAAAAUUCUCUGUUGAUGAUAACUCAUUACCGACGAAUUCUGGAUCUCCUAAAUCCUACACAUGUUCACAUCAUGGACAGGGGAAAGAUUGCAAGGACGGGUGACUUAUCCAUGGUUGAAGUUAUUGAGGCAGAGGGAUAUGAGACAGUAUCUGCCUAAUUUCAUACAACUGGUUUUGGUAACCGCUCUUUCUCU